CGCUCCCACCCGCGGCGGCGGCGGCGGCGGAGCGAGCCCGGGGCGGCGGCGGCAGGAGACCGGCGAGAUGUUUGCCGUCUGCCCGCCGGACGCCCCGUUCCGGCAGGGCCGGGGGGGCCUGGUGCUGGGCACGGCCGUCCCGGGGGCCGGGCACGGGCAGGACUCCAACUCCAACUUCGUGGGAGAGGUGUGUGACAGCAACGAGAACUGGAGCCGGCCUGCGCCAGGGACCCCGCCGGAGGAGGGCUCCAGCCGGAGCGAAAACACGACAAAUCCGUCCGAUAAUCUGCUGUUAUUAAUGCAGAGACAGAUGGUCCAGGGCCGGCUUAGGGACGCCGUCCCGAGCCUGGGCGCCGCGCGGCCGCGUCUCCCCGAGCCGGGGGUGCGCAGCCCCCCCGAGGGAGCGGAGGUCGGCGGGCCGGGGGGCCAAAACGCCGCCGCCGAGGAGCCGGCUGGGGGAUGCGGCAAGCCCCCGAGCUCCCCUGCGGAGGACAACGGCUACGCCAGCAGCUCCCUCAGCAUCGACAGCCCCGACAGCACCUGCGGGAGCUCCUGGGACCCUCCCGCCGCUGCCCCCCUCCCCGGGAGCCCACCCCAGCCAGGGGCGGCCGAGCCCGAGCCGGGGACCCUCUUCCCGGCACUGGCAGAGGCCGUGCAGCACCUCCAGGACAAGGAGCGCUUCAAGGAGCGGGAGAAGGAGAAGCACCACAUCCAGCUGGUGAUGUACCGGCGCCUGGCCCUGCUGCGCUGGAUCCACGGCCUCCAGCAGAAAGUGGUGGACCAGCAGAACCGGCUGCAGGAGAGUUUCGACACCAUCCUGGACAACCGCAAGGAGCUCAUCCGCUGCAUGCAGCGCGGCCCGGCGUGCCCCGCCGGCGCGGCCGCCCCCGGCCCCUGAGGUGCCGCCGGCGCUGCCCCGUGCCAGCCCUCGCCCUCUCGGCCGGCGUGGGGCUGGCUGGGGGCAUCUCCGUGCCGCACAUGGGUGCAGAGCGCUCGCCGGGCGCCUGGGUGCCCGCCCUGUCCUUCCCAUCUCUCUCCAACGUAGCUGAGAGUCCCCGAACCGUUCAUCUCGAUUUUCCCUCUGCGCGGGAACUCGUGUCCUUCUGCACCGUGUCCCGCCGGUCUGGGGACCGUGGGCCAUCAGGCUGGGUAGACCUCAGGACCUUGGGGUUUGCUGAGCCUGGGGUGAUGAAGCUAAUCUUUUAAAUCUAAUUUAUGGUCCUUUGUAUGAACCCGGCUGAGCCGCGCGUGUGCCGGGACGGGCCCUGCGGUGAGCCCCCCGGGCGGGAGCUGCCUGGCAGCGAGGGCCUCGGGGCAGCGAAGCUUUUAAAUGUACCUGGGCAAAGUGCUUCAGUGCGUGCUCGGGCACAAGCACAAGCUCGCUUCAUCCCCCGCAUCGCACCCACACCGGUGUGCCCGUACGGAAACAACCCAGCCACUGCUAACCGUUGCUCGUGCUCUCGGUGUGAGCAAGGUGUCCUGAGCUGUUCCUCGGGACUUGCCCGGGUGCACCGCCUAAUGAAGCACGUGUAAAAGCUUUGCAGAUAAGAUCUAAACUCAUGCAGGGAGAUGGAGUGAGAGAAAAAAAAAAGUCAUUCUGAAAAGUGACCUCAGAAUGCUUAAAAAUAAAUUUAAGUGUCAACUGAUUCAAACCCAAUAUAUUUUUUUUCGAUUCAGUAUUAGAGAAGAGUUAAUUUAGAUUUUUCCUUACAGCCAGUGUGUAUAUAUGCACAUCUGUCUGUCGUGGGAGAUGCUUUAACACGGUGCAUGAUCAGGAAGCUGCUUGCAGACUUGUGCUGUUGGUGUUUAUAUUAAUUUAUCAUUUGAAAGGCAAGAGAAUAUUUUUUUCUAAUCUACAUUUUAUCCAAUGAGGACUGCAUACAGAAUACAAAGAACAGUCUUCUUAAGUAGAGAUUAAAAAGGAGGUGCUGUGUUCGUUUGCUGUACUUCACUAAGUGUUAAUAUGACAUGUAUUCUAUUUAAGUUGCCGAUGCGGAAGGAGCAGCAGCGGGGCGGUUUCGCUGCAAGCCGAGGGCUCAGCCAGGAGGGGACCACGCUCCCCGUCCUGCCCGGAGUCGCUGUGCAAAGCCGGGCACUAAUUUUGUUUCUCGUCUGCAAAAGGAGGCUGAUGAGAGAUUUCAGAGCUGCCGUGUCCCCGCAGCCAAACUUCUUCCUGCCAUCGGAGGAGCGGAGCUGAGAGGUGGCCGCGACUUCGCCGGGACCCCGCUCUGGUGCCAGGCUGCAGCGCCCGGCCGGCGGGACGGCACAGUUCGGCAGCCUUGGCAGAUCCCGGCUUCCACCGACCGUUAGAUGCUACCGCGCUGCAAAUACAUAAUCACGGCCGAGCCCCCCGCGACCCGUGGGGCCAGGGGCUGCGCUGAGCCUGCUCCCGUCCCGCACCGGGGCACGGCCGGGCUCUGCUCCUGCCCAGCGCUGCUGCUGCCGAUAGGUAAAAUAUGGAUAUCUCUAAAAUUCUGCUUCUGAAAAGGACGUUUUGGUGGUGUAGGGUACACUCGGCUCAAAGCGGCCCGUGCCGGCCCCUGCACCCGGCGCUGGGGGCCGGAGGAGCCCGGCAGCAUCCCUGCAAGGUUCGCGCUGCUCUCGCUGCCUCGCCGUCCUGCUCGCUCGUGUCCAGCGCCUGCUGCCUGUGUCAUAUCCCAGACGUGUGUGAUCGUGGGCAUGUUGCACACCGUAAUAAAAGCCUUGGAGCUUCUGAGCUGA